AUGUUUGCCUUCUGCAUCUACUCAAGUGCACUGGAGAAGAGUGACCUUGAUCCAUUAUCACCUGGUCAGUACUCCCAGUCCGAUGCAAAAUGUGUUUCAUGGGUCCAAAAGGCUCAGCAGAGGCGAAGAAAACGGUUAGAACAAAAUUCAAUCAAGGUCAUACCUCCUGGAGCUUUCUCACCAUAUAAAAAGCUUCGAAGAAUUGACCUGAGCAAUAACCAGAUCUCUGAAGCAGCUCCAGAUGCGUUCCAGGGCUUACGUUCACUCAAUUCUCUUGUCCUCUAUGGCAAUAAAAUCACAGAACUUCCAAAAGGCCUGUUUGAAGGACUCUUUUCUCUGCAAUUGCUAUUAUUGAAUGCCAACAAGAUCAAUUGCCUGAGAGUUGAUGCUUUUCAAGAUCUGCACAACUUGAAUCUUCUUUCUUUGUAUGACAACAAGCUUCAGACCAUUGCCAAAGGCACCUUCUCACCCCUACGUGCGAUUCAGACCUUGCAUUUGGCUCAGAACCCAUUUAUCUGUGACUGUCAUCUGAAGUGGCUGGCAGAUUAUCUUCAUACAAACCCCAUUGAGACCAGUGGUGCCCGUUGCACCAGUCCCCGCCGUCUGGCAAACAAAAGGAUCGGCCAGAUCAAAAGCAAGAAAUUCCGCUGCUCAGCUAAAGAACAGUAUUUCAUUCCAGGCACUGAAGAUUACAGAUCCAAAUUAAGUGGAGACUGCUUUGCAGAUUUGGCUUGCCCUGAGAAAUGUCGCUGUGAAGGGACCACAGUGGACUGCUCCAAUCAGAAACUCAGCAAAAUUCCUGAUCACAUCCCCCAGUACACAGCAGAGUUGCGACUAAAUAACAAUGAAUUUUCAGUCCUGGAAGCUACUGGAAUCUUUAAGAAACUUCCUCAGCUGCGUAAAAUAAACUUGAGCAAUAACAAGAUUACCGAUAUUGAAGAAGGAGCAUUUGAUGGAGCCUCUGGUGUGAAUGAACUGUUGCUCACUAGCAACCGCUUGGAAAGUGUUCGACACAAAAUGUUCAAAGGACUAGAAAGUCUCAAAACACUGAUGCUGAGGAGCAACCGUGUUAGCUGUGUGGGAAAUGACAGUUUCACAGGCCUGAGCUCAGUUCGCCUGCUCUCGCUGUAUGACAACCAGAUCACCACCGUGGCACCCGGCUCCUUCGAUACCCUGCAUUCCCUCUCUACCUUAAACCUCUUGGCCAAUCCCUUCAACUGCAACUGCCAUCUUGCGUGGCUCGGAGACUGGCUAAGGAAGAAACGCAUUGUGACGGGGAACCCUCGCUGCCAAAAACCCUACUUCCUCAAAGAGAUUCCCAUCCAGGAUGUGGCAAUUCAGGAUUUUACUUGUGAUGAUGGAAAUGAUGACAAUAGCUGCUCUCCACUGUCCCGCUGUCCUGCAGAAUGUACUUGUCUAGACACAGUAGUUCGCUGCAGCAACAAAGGCCUAAAAGCUUUGCCUAAAGGCAUCCCAAAAGAUGUAACUGAACUUUAUUUGGAUGGAAAUCAGUUUACCCUUGUUCCAAAAGAGCUUUCCAACUACAAGCAUUUAACACUCAUAGAUUUAAGUAACAACAGAAUCAGCACUCUUUCUAAUCAGAGCUUCAGCAACAUGACUCAGCUGCUCACCUUAAUUCUUAGUUACAACCGCCUAAGGUGUAUCCCUGCACGGACUUUUGAUGGGUUGAAAUCACUUAGAUUGUUGUCCUUACACGGAAAUGAUAUUUCUGUUGUUCCUGAAGGAGCUUUUAAUGAUCUGUCAGCAUUAUCACACCUGGCUAUUGGAGCAAAUCCUCUUUAUUGUGAUUGUAACAUGCAGUGGCUAUCUGACUGGGUAAAAUCAGAAUACAAAGAACCUGGUAUUGCACGUUGUGCUGGUCCUGGAGAAAUGGCAGAUAAACUUCUUCUCACAACUCCUUCUAAAAAAUUUACUUGCCAAGGGCCCGUGGAUGUUAAUAUUCUGGCUAAAUGUAACCCCUGUUUAUCAAACCCAUGUAAAAAUGAUGGAACCUGCAACAAUGAUCCAGUUGACUUCUAUAGAUGUACUUGCCCAUAUGGUUUCAAGGGUCAAGACUGUGAUAUUCCCAUUCAUGCUUGCAUUAGUAACCCAUGCCACCAUGGCGGAACUUGUCAUCUGAAAGAAGGAGAAAAAGAUGGUUUCUGGUGCACUUGUGCAGAUGGAUUUGAAGGUGAAAACUGUGAAGUAAAUGUUGAUGACUGUGAAGACAAUGACUGUGAGAAUAAUUCUACUUGUGUGGAUGGAAUUAAUAACUAUACUUGCCUUUGUCCACCUGAAUAUACAGGUGAGCUCUGUGAGGAGAAACUAGAUUUCUGUGCUCAAAAUCUGAAUCCUUGCCAGCAUGACUCAAAGUGUAUCUUGACACCCAAAGGAUACAAAUGUGAUUGCACACCUGGAUAUGUAGGUGAGCACUGUGAUAUUGACUUUGAUGACUGCCAGGACAACAAAUGUAAAAAUGGAGCACAGUGUACUGAUGCAGUUAAUGGAUAUACAUGUAUUUGCCCAGAAGGAUACAGUGGCUUGUUUUGUGAGUUUUCACCACCAAUGGUUUUACCUCGCACCAGCCCUUGUGAUAAUUAUGAAUGUCAAAAUGGAGCCCAAUGUAUCAUAAAAGAGAGUGAACCAAUCUGUCAGUGUUUAUCAGGCUACCAGGGUGAGAAAUGUGAAAAGCUGAUCAGUAUAAACUUUGUCAACAAAGAAUCCUAUCUACAAAUCCCUUCAGCUAAGAUACGACCCCAAACCAAUAUCACUCUACAGAUUGCCACAGAUGAAGACAGUGGGAUCCUGCUCUACAAAGGCGAUAAAGAUCAUAUAGCGGUAGAACUGUACCGGGGUAGAGUGAGGGUCAGUUAUGACACGGGGUCUUAUCCAGCUUCUGCUAUUUACAGUGUGGAAACUAUUAAUGAUGGAAAUUUCCACAUUGUGGAGCUGCUAGCUAUGGAUCAGAUUCUGUCUUUAUCUGUUGAUGGAGGAAGCCCCAAGAUAAUUACCAAUUUGUCCAAGCAAUCUACUCUGAAUUUUGAUUCUCCGCUGUAUGUAGGAGGCAUGCCUGUGAAAAAUAACAUAGCAGCUUUACGCCAGUCUCCGGGACAGAACGGCACCAGCUUCCAUGGUUGCAUCCGUAAUCUGUAUAUCAACAGCGAGCUCCAGGACUUCAGAAAUGUGCCACUGCAAGUGGGAAUUCUGCCAGGUUGCGAGCCUUGUCAUAAGAAAGUUUGUGUGCAUGGAACAUGCCAUGCUACCAGCCAGUCAGGCUUUUCCUGUGAGUGCGAAGGAGGAUGGACUGGACCCCUCUGUGAUCAACAAACUAAUGACCCAUGUCUUGGAAAUAAAUGUGUGCAUGGUACCUGCUUGCCGAUCAAUGCGUUUUCAUACAGUUGUAAAUGCCUGCAGGGACAUGGGGGAGUCCUCUGUGAUGAAGAGGAAAUGCUGUUUAACCCCUGCCAAUCCGUCAGGUGUAAACAUGGCAAAUGCAGGCUUUCAGGACUUGGAAAACCAUAUUGCGAAUGCAGCAGCGGAUACACGGGGGACAGCUGUGAUAAAGAAAUCUCUUGUCGAGGGGAACGAAUCCGAGAUUACUACCAAAAGCAGCAAGGGUAUGCUGCGUGUCAGACGACCAAGAAGGUAUCGAGACUAGAAUGUAAAGGAGGAUGUUCAACUGGGCAGUGCUGUGGACCACUGAGGAGCAAGAGGCGGAAAUACUCUUUUGAAUGCACUGACGGGUCGUCAUUUGUGGAUGAGGUUGAAAAAGUGGUGAAGUGUGGCUGUACAAAUUGUCCCUCCUAAGUGUCCCUGUCACACUUGUCUUUUGAAAAUGUUGUAUACUUAUUGACCGUGUCGGACUAAUUAAUGCUUCAUAGUGGAAAUAUUUGAAAUAUAUUGUAAAAUACAGAACAGACUUAUUUUUAUUAUGAGAAUAAAGACUUUUUCUUCAUUUGAAAAAAAAAGAUUCAAGUGCUUGAACUGAGACUUCUCAUAACCAAGAGGAGCUUUGAAGAAAAAAAAAAAAAGACCUGGUAACAUUGCAACAGAGAUGGGAAACUUUAACUGCUUUUAACAUGGAUUCUUCUUUAUAACAUGCUGAAGAUACACUGACACUAUACACACGUGACUUUCAACUUAACAGCUCAGAGAUGAAAUAUUGGCCAGAACAUGAGGCUGUUUUUUUCACUUUUGUAUCAGUAUAUUUUACUGUCUUGGCAGACCAUAGCAAUCACUUACCUAUGGAUGAGGAAGCAUUACAAGUGAAAAGAAUCAGAUUAUACAGAAAUAACAAUUGUGUGAAAUAAUACAUUUUAUCUUUUGGAAUUAUUAAUCAUCUUGAGAAGAUGGGGUCCCAUUUAAUGGAUGGGCAAUGGGAGAUAUGAGAAUAUACUAUAAUCCUGACAUCUCCUGAUGAUGUAUACUUUUAUGUCAGCAUGUUAGCAAAAGAAGCAUAAAAAAGUGUUUAUCUGCCCUUUUCCAGUAUUAAUUUUUUGUAAUAUAAAUGUUUUGGGGAUGAUAAAAAUAGAUUAUUGAUGGAUAAAUUAGUAAUAAUAUGGAUUUCUGUUUCUAUGAGGUCUAAACAACUCUAUACAGUAUUCGGUUUCAUUGAGAAAUAUUUAUUGUAUCAAAGUACAUUGUACUUAACCCUUUUAGGCCAUCCCUUUUACUGUUUUUCAAUGCUUUAAUAUAUAUUAAUUUAUAUUUGUCCCAGUAUUUUUGUAAUUUUUUUUAUUUUUUUUUAAAGGACUUAAAAAUCAGGAUUUUUUGCAAUAGAACUAACGUAGCAUGUCGUCUUGGGGUAAAUGUUUUCGGUCUGUUUUUUCCUCCCCUUCCCCUCCCCUUUUUCUUUUCCAUAGAAUCUGACCACUUGGUGUCACUGAAUCUGAAAGUGAUGACAAUCUGCAGUUUUCACAUGCAGCAGAUAUUCAGGACACCUUCCAAGAACCUGUAAUGUAUGACAGAAAAUGUCUUUACACUAGGUGGCAAUUGUAGAGAAGUUAAUUUUCCUUAUAUACAGUACUUACAGAAAAUAAGAUGGCGUGUAGAAAAUGACAUUAGAAGGUAGAUCUUUAUAAAUUAAUAUUCCCGUGGAGCUCUUUACCUUUUUUAUAAAAAAAGAAAAAAAGGCUGUGCUAUCAAGAACUGUGACUUUCCCCAAAUAAUAAAACUACUUUACUGCCCUAAUGUUCCCCACGUUAACAUGUUGCUGCUAAAUUAUAAUGUAGAAUUGGUAAUCAAUAGUGGGUUGUGUUCUUCUUUCAGUAAAACCCAGGGUACCCUGUAAAAAUGCAGAUGUUUUUCAAUUUUAUUUUAUUAUUUUUUUUACAAAAAAAAGUUAGAUGUACAUGUGUAAUGCAGUGUGCUUUGUCUUAUUUGGACUGAUAUCAGUAAUGCUACUGAUGUUUGUAAAUUAAACAGAUAUUUACUUCA